AUGGAGAAGCUGCUGAUGGUGUGGUUAACGGAGAAGCAGAUCGCAGGAGAUACCGUGACAGAGGCGAUAAUCUGCGAGAAGGCACGAGCUAUUUACACUGAUUUGAUGCAGCAGACCCCUGGCACUUCGACGGGCGGGGCACCGGGCGAGCCGUUUAAAGCCAGUCGGGGCUGGUUUGAGAAUUUUAAAAAAAGGACCGGCAUUCACUCCGUUGUCAGGCGUGGUGAGGCAGCGAGCGCGGAUAUGAAAGCAGCUGAGGAUUACCUCAAAACAUUUGCCGGAAUUAUAGUAGCCGAAGGAUACAUCCCCCAUGAAGUCUUCAGCUGUGACGAGACGGGACUUUUUUGGAAGAAGAUGCCAAGGAGGACUUAUAUAACGGUAGAGGAGAAGAGGAUGCCAGGCCACAAACCCAUGAAGGAUAGGCUCGCCCUCGCUACAGACGCCGCAGGAGACAUAGAGGUUUUGCAGGAAAUAGGUGACACGGAGGAGGUUAUCUCUACAAUUAUUCACCUCCGUCCAACAACAUCUUCAAGUCGUCCGAUCUCCAAGGGUCUUCUGGUAGGAAAGGAUGAUGACAAAAACCACAAUUUUCAACAAAAAAAAAAUUUAAUUUUCGUGAGACUGUGUUCAUUAUAA